GUCUCCCCGCGGCGACGCGCCCGUCUUCGGCAAGUCGGCCUUCGCCGUGGAGAUGGACGACCUCGCGCAGCUGCUCGACGAGUGCACGGCCCGGUCCCUCGUGCUCGUCGACGAGCUCGGGCGGGGCACGUCCGCGCGCGAGGGCGCGGCGGUGGGUGCGGCGGUCCUCUGCGAGUUCCGCGAGCGGGGCUACACGGGCGUCUUCGCGACGCACCUCCACGAGAUCCUCGACGUGCUCGGCGACGACGCGCCGGCGACGCUGAAACCCUGGCGCAUGGGCGCCGGCGGCGACGGCGGCGCCGCGUUUCGCGUCGAGGCGGGCGUCUGUACGGACAGCCGCGCGUUGGAGGCCGCGGCGCGCGCGGGCGUGCCCGCGGGCCUCGUGGCGCGCGCGGCGGCGUUCCUCGGCCGCGACGCGCCCGUGGCGGAGGGCGCGGCGGACCCCCUCGCGGCCGCGGAGGCCGCGCUCGGCGCGGGCGGUCCCGUGCUCGUCGUGAAGCGCAGGGUGAAACGGGACCGGCCGCCGCCGCCGAAGCUCGCCGCGCGGUCCUGCGUCUACGCGUUCGCCGCGUCCGACGUCUCGGGCGCGCCGGCCGUCUACGUCGGCGAGACCGACGCGCUCCGGGGGCGCCUCGCGCGCCACGACGCGACCUACGGCGACCGGUCGCCCGCGCUGGUGGUGGCGCUGGGCGACAAGAGCGCGUCGCGGAAGCUCGAGGCCGCGGUCAUCCGCCGGCUCCGGCGCGGCGGCGUGCCCCUCCUCUCCACGGACGACGGCGCCCACGGCGCCGCCCUCGCGGACUGGCUCGCGGCCCGCGGCGGCGCCUGCCAUCCGCGCGUCGACCUGCGCCGCCGGCGCGACGACGACGUCGGCGGCGAGCGGUCCGCCGUCGCGGCGGCGCCCAUCGCCGCCGGCGAACUGCUGCUGCGCGUGCCGGCGCGCUGCGCCCUGCGGCGCGACGACGAGGACGCGCUCGCGGCCGCGCUCGACGGAAUUCUGGAAGACGCGGAGUGGGCGCCCUACGCCGCGACGCUUCCCGAAAACCCGGAGGUCCUGGACGCGUGGACGCGCGGAGAGCGGGCCCUCCUCGCGGGCACGGGCCUCGCGGGCGCCGGCGGCGACCACUCGAAGCGGCGCCGGAUGUCCGCGCGAUCCGCGCGGCUCGUGCGGAGCCGCGCGGCGCAGCUCGACGACGGCUCCUGGGCGCUCGUGCCGGGCGUCGACGCGCUCAACGACGGCCGGGGCCGCGCGGCGCCGCACUGCUACGACGAGUUCGCGCACGGCGGCGAGCUCCUGGAGCGCUACGGCUUCGCGCCGCCGGGCGCGGCGCCGGCGCCGCGCGUCUUCCGGGUCGCGGAGCUGCUCGACGCCUGCGGCGCCGCGGCGCCGGAGCGGCUCCGGGCCGUCGCCGCGGCGCUCCCCGACGGCUUGUGCGCCGUGGUCCGCGGCGCGGCGCCGCCGGACGCGCUCCUGUCCGCGGUCGCGGCGCUCGUCGCGUCCGACGACGACUUCGCGGCCUGGGAGGCCGCCGUCGACGACGGGCUCGCGGGCGGCGCGCCCGAGCGCGAUCUGUGGAUUUUGGACGUCGAGGCCGCCGUCGCCGGCGACGGCGCCGCGGCCGCGGCCAUCGCGGCGGCGCUCCGGCGCCUCGCGUCUUCGGCGCUGGAGUGCUACGCGGCCGACGGCGCCUUCGACGGCUUCGCGGGCCCGGCGCACCGCGCCGCGUCCGCGCGCCGCGUCCGCGACGACGAGGUCGCGGCCUGCGGCGAGCUCCCGCGCGCGGUUAAGGGCGUGGCGGCCGCGGCCAUCGCGGCCGCGGCGGGCGUCAAGGAGGCCGUCGCGUGGCGCCCGCCGCCGCCGCCGUGGCUGUUCGGCACCGCUACCAACGCCGCCAAGGGCGAGCUCAAGGACCCGUGCCUCAAGGAGGUGAACCUGCUCCGCACCGACCUCUUCGAGAAGUACAAAUGCCCGCUUCUGCACGACACGCAGAAGGGAAUGGACUUCUGGCUCCGCGCCGGGAAGCCCGCGUCGUCGACGGCCAAGGCGGUGGAGAUGCUCGUGGACCUGCUGGACGUGCUCUCGGCGGCGCGGGACGUCGCCUUCCUCUUCGAGCACCGCGUCAAAGUGCGGAAGAUCAAGUUUUACGUCUCCCUGUUCCGAGGCUGCGAGCGGGCGCCCGAACUGGCCGUCGCCUUCGGCGGCGCCGCGCUGUCCUACGCGAAUUCGAGCAUCAUCGAGGAGCUCGAGGAG